UGGUUAAAAAACUUCAACCCCUUAACCAAAGAUACGAGAAGGGAACCAUAAUUGCAAAAGAGAAGAUCAGAUUGAACCGAACCUCCUCGACUCUGGGCGGGUCGACGGUUGCUCCUGUCGUCUGUCUCUGUUCAAGCGGGUAGCCGAGGGAGACUGGGGAGAGUGAGCGACUGAACAGUGAACACACGAACAUGUUGUCCGCUGCUUUGCAACCCCAUCAUCCUCGGUCUCUGAUAGAAUCGAAAUCCAUCCCCCACAGCCAAAAAGCUGCCUCCCCAGUUAGUAAAAUCAAGUUCAAGACCAUCCCUUCUUUUUUGAUUCGUGGGGCGAAUGCCCUUCAUCCUCAGAUUCCGAAGCAGCGAGGCAGGUACUGUGUUUCUUUGCCCUCAAGUUCGAACCUUUGCGUCAAGUGCUCUGUCAAUGAGGGAGCUGCAGGCGAAAGUCUCUCGGAUGGAGAUCAGCAAUUGCCGAGCCAGCAGAGGACAGGGUUUUGGAGCAAAUGGAAGGCCAACUCAGCUGAAAUGAUUUCCAAAUUAGCAAAGCUCGGGCUUGCAGCAGUACUUGCGUAUGGAUUGUUCGAUGGUGUUACAUACACCACUUUCUUCAUCCUUGCAUUCCUUGGCUAUGAGAAGAGCACGGGGAAGAAUCCUGCAGCUAAUCUUCAGGCGCUAUUAGGGAUUGUCAUACUGAUGUGGACCGGUAACAACGUGACGAGGCCAUUUCGAGUAGCUGGGGCGGCUGCACUGGCACCUGUAAUUGACAAAGGACUGAAAAAAAUCCAGAAGUAUUUCAAUUUCCCUGACCCCGUGUAUGCCUUUGCACUGGUUGUGUCGAUAGUGGCUUCGACGUGUUUGACUAUAGCAGGCUUGCUCAUCCUAUCGAGAUGGGGAAAGUAAGUCACCUUGUACCAAAUGUUGUACAUUGAGUCACUUUAAUAUUUGCAGAUUGUUCCGAGGGAGUUCAUCCUGAGAGAGUGUAUAGGAGGUUGCUCAUUUCUAUGGCUUGCUUUGUCUGGUGUUUACUGAGCUUUUUGUUUUCCCCUUAUAUGGUGUUUUUACUGA